GGUGGGGACACCAGCCAGCACCGCUCAGCUGUCCCGGAGCCUCUACCACGGCAGCCGCUGCUGCCGCCUCCGCUCCGCCGGGGUCCAGCGCCACAGCCUCUUGCCCAAGCUCAUGUAGCAAUACUGUCCCCGCCACGAGCCCAGGUCCCUAAUUGCCGGGGGCGGCGGAGGACGCUUUCCGGAGUUGGAGGAGGAGUGAGUGGGUUAGCGGUGCCGGGCUGUUGGGGGGGUGGGGGGAGGGGUAGAGAGGACUCAGAAGCCACCACCUCCGCCAGCACUGAGACCCACUGCCGCAGCCGCUGCUGCUCUAGCCGGCCUCCUUCGCCGCUGCCUCUUCCCUGCUCAGGCUCCGCGGGCCGCUCCGUCUUAGCGCACGAUUUGGAGCCGGCCACUGGUGGGCUGGCGGUCCAGGGCGCAGGGCGGCUAAGAUGAGUGAAAGGAGAAGAUCUGCAGUCGCCUUGAGCUCCCGAGCACAUGCUUUCUCCGUAGAAGCCCUGAUUGGGACAAAUAAAAAGCGCAAACUGCGAGACUGGGAGGAAAAGGGUUUGGAUCUGUCCAUGGAGUCCCUGAGCCCCGCGGGACCCCUAGGAGACGGCGAGGAAGCGGCUCACUGCCUGGAGCCCCACCCCGACUCAGAGCAGAGCACUGGUUCAGACACGGAGGUGCUCACAGAGAGGACAUCUUGCUCCUUUGAGUCUCACCCGGAUCUUACGUCAGGUGCUCCUGGUCCCCCACCGCCCCCCAUUUCAUCCAUGGAGGAGAUACAGGUUGAGCUCCAAUGUGCUGACCUCUGGAAAAGGUUCCAUGACAUUGGGACAGAGAUGAUCAUUACCAAGGCUGGCAGGCGGAUGUUUCCAGCCAUGAGAGUGAAAAUUACAGGUCUGGACCCUCACCAGCAGUAUUACAUAGCAAUGGACAUUGUACCCGUGGAUAAUAAGAGAUACAGAUAUGUGUAUCACAGCUCCAAGUGGAUGGUGGCCGGCAAUGCUGACUCCCCCGUACCCCCAAGAGUUUAUAUCCAUCCUGAUUCUCUGGCCUCUGGAGACACAUGGAUGAGGCAGGUGGUCAGUUUUGAUAAACUCAAACUGACCAACAACGAAUUGGAUGACCAAGGACAUAUUAUACUGCACUCUAUGCACAAGUAUCAACCCCGAGUCCAUGUGAUCCGAAAAGACUUCAGUAGUGAACUCUCUCCUACUAAGCCUGUCCCUGUGGGGGACGGAGUGAAAACUUUCAACUUCCCAGAGACUGUCUUCACCACAGUCACAGCCUAUCAGAACCAGCAGAUCACCAGAUUAAAAAUUGAUCGAAACCCCUUUGCUAAAGGCUUCAGGGAUUCUGGGAGAAACAGGACUGGACUGGAGGCCAUUAUGGAAACAUAUGCUUUCUGGAGACCACCUGUGCGUACACUCACCUUUGAGGAUUUCACCACCAUGCAGAAACAGCAAGGGGGCAGCACAGGCACCUCUCCAACCACCUCCAGCACUGGGACCCCAUCCCCUUCUGCUUCUUCUCAUCUCUUGUCUCCAUCCUGUUCUCCUCCCACCUUUCAUCUGGCCCCUAACACUUUCAACGUGGGCUGCCGGGAGAGCCAGCUAUGCAACCUGAACCUCUCCGACUAUCCACCCUGUGCCAGGAGCAACAUGGCUGCCUUGCAGAGCUACCCGGGCCUGAGUGACAGCAGCUACAACCGGUUGCAGAGCGGUACGGCCUCGGCCAGCCAGUCCUCAGAAUCCUUCAUGCCUCAGAGGACUCCAUCCCUGAUCUCAGGAAUACCUACUCCUCCCUCGUUGCCCAGCAAUGGCAAGAUGGAAGCCUAUGGUAGCCAGCUGGGCUCUUUCCCUGCCUCCCAGUUUCAAUAUGUCAUGCAGGCAGGCAACCCAGCCUCGAGCUCUUCCUCCCCGCAUGUGUUUGGUGGCAGCCACAUGCAGCAGAGCUCCUACAAUGCCUUCUCCCUUCACAACCCCUACAAUCUCUACGGUUACAACUUCCCCACCUCCCCCAGGCUAGCUGCGAGCCCAGAGAAACUGAGCACCUCCCAAAGCACUUUACUCUGUUCAUCUCCCUCCAACGGAGCCUUUGGCGACCGGCAGUAUCUGCCCACAGGGAUGGAACACGGCAUGCAUAUGAUCAGCCCCUCUUCGGCCAAUCAGCAGACGGCCAACACCUGUGACAGCCGGCAAUACGGGUCCGUCCCGGGCUCCUCCUCCUCCCAGAUGUCUGUGCAUAUGGUUUAAUGGGGGACCUGACCUCUCAUUGCCAAAGCCCCGCCGCUGUUUCCAAGAAGGCGUCCUCAUUGUCAGGAGCUCAGAGCUUUUUUUUUUUUCUUCUGAAGGGGUGGGGGGAAAAGAACCUCAACAGCGAAGAGAUACCCCCAAACUCUCACGGGACACUUGAGACGGAACUUAUAUCUGACUUCCUGGCCCACGCUCACAAUAUCCAAAGACUUAGCCUUGCUAUCCAGCGUCUAACCUCCAACCCUAAGUGGCCUUUGGAAAGAUGGGACAAUCAUUUUAUAUUAAUAUAAGAGAGAGGCUAGAGUGUAGCAGCCAAUGAAACAUGCGUAU